CCCGCGGGCCGACCCGCGCGCCGGCCCCGCGUUUCCAAGGCGACCCGGCGGGAGCGGCGGGAGGCGCGCGCGGGAUCGCGCGCGGGCGGUCCCCGGGUCCCUCCCCGCGCGGGGCGCGCGCCGGGCGCGGGUGCCGCGGGUGCCGCGGGCAGCAGGAGGGUUGCAGUGAGUCCUGUGCAGAGCUGGGUCCCCGUCUCUCCUUGCGGGCGUCUCGGUGCUGCUGUCCCAGCCCGGUGAGCUCCUCGUGUCAUGGUAGCGAUCCCUGGCUCCGGCUGGACUCUGCUCCCUGCAGAGGAGCUGCUGCCUCCUGCCAGCGGCUCCUUCAGGCCCGGGGCACAUUAUCUGGAAAAUGUGAAAAUGCAUUGGCUACAUUUUGCAUUUUUGUAAAAUUACACAAUAUGAAAUAAAGCCUUGGAAAUGGCUCUACAAAAGAUAGACCUAAUCUUGCAAGGCUAGAACUUUAAUGCAGAGCAGCUGGAAAUAGUUAAAUAUUGGAACCACUGCUGAUUUGGUUGCAUCCUCCAACAUGACCAAUCCUCAGCCUACAAUUGAAGGCAGUGUUUCGGAAGUUGAGAUAAUUUCCCAACAAGUGGAAGAAGAGACCAAAAGCAUUGCUCCUGUGCAGCUUGUUAAUUUUGCUUAUCGAGAUCUACCUUUAGCUGCACUUGAUCUGUCUGUGGCUGGGUCCCAGCUUUUGCCAAAUUUGGAUGAGGAGUACCAAAGAGAAGGAUCUAACUGGCUAAAACCGUGCUGUGGGAGACGAGCAGCUGUGUGGCAGGUAUUUUUGCUCAGUGCAAGUCUCAACAGUUUCCUGGUAGCCUGUGUAGUAUUGGUGGUGAUUCUUCUGACUCUGGAACUCCUAAUAGAUAUAAAGCUUCUCCAGUUUUCAAGUGCUUCCCAGUUUGCAGGAGUAAUUCACUGGAUCAGCCUAGUCAUCCUCUCUGUUUUCUUUUCAGAGACAAUUUUGAGGAUUGUGGUCCUUGGCAUAUGGGAUUACAUUGAAAACAAAAUAGAGGUGUUUGAUGGUGCUAUCAUAAUCUUGUCCUUGGCACCAAUGGUGGCCUCAACAGUGGCUAAUGGCCCCAGCAGCCCGUGGGAUGCCAUCAGCCUUAUCAUCACUCUGCGCAUCUGGAGGGUGAAGAGGAUCAUUGAUGCAUAUGUCCUUCCAGUGAAAGUGGAGAUGGAGAUGAUGAUUCAGCAAUAUGAGAAGGCAAAAGUUAUUCAAGAUGAGCAGCUGGAAAGACUAACCCAGAUCUGCCAGGAACAAGGGUUUGAAAUCAGGCAGCUGAGGGCCCACCUUGCUCAGCAGGAUUUGGACCUAGCUGCAGAGAGAGAGGCUGCCCUGCAGGUCCCACACGUGCUGAACAAACAGAGCAGCAAGAGGUACAAGGUGGUGGCCACUGAAGACUCCGACGACGAAGCCACCGAGAGCAUCUCUGAGCUGCGACCUGCACGAGAGGAUGACAUGAAUAACUACAUCAGCCGAUACUACAACGAGCCCAGCAGUGACAGCGGAGUGCCCGAGGCCGCCCUCUGCGUGGUGACCACGGCCGCCAUCGACGUGCACCGGCCCAACGCCUCCUCGGAGCUGUUCACGGUGGAGGUGCCGCUGCGCCUGGGCAGCGCGGGCACCUCGGCCAGCCUCACGUCGGGCAGCGCCUCGCGCUCCACGGUCAGCUCGGGCCCGCGGGGCUGCAGCGAGAGCAGCCAGACGCUGGGCUCGUCCCCGGACUGCAGCGCGGCCUGCGAGGAGCCGCGGCCCGAGGCCGUGCCCGCCCGGCAGCGCGCGGCCCAGGCCGCCGUGCAGGAGCUGCUCUCGUCCCUGUCGGAAGAGGCGCGCCUGGCGCAGAAGGGGCUGGAUCCCGUCAACCUGAAGCUGCCCAGCCCGGCCGGCUCGGUGGGGGCCAGCCCCGACCUGGGCCACCGGCUCAGCGUCUACAACCGCAGGAACCAGGAGAGUCUGGAUGUCUUCCAGCUCAAGCCGCUCCUCGACUGCCCCCAGGGUGCCCCCACGAUUGAGGAGAAGUACGGGGCGCUGGGGCCCCCAGAGCCACGGCUGGGCAGGGUUCCUGAGGCAUAGGCUCGGGGGGCUCCUGUGGGGACGCGCUCACCACGCUGGCCCACAGGCUGCCACAGCUGGGGCGGCGGUGCUGAACACAACCUGCGGCCUGGGCACGGCCAGCAUCGCCUCUGCUCCCCAGCGUCGGCGGCAUGCGACCCUCCUGCCCUGCCACCAGCUCUGGCCAGCUGGGACCUACAGGGGCCACCUGGGAACAAUGGACCUUCCAGCAGCCCUAGGGCAGUAUGGACCCACGGGGCCUGGAGGGACAAACAGACUGUGCCGGGCACACCAUGGAACUUCCAUCAGUCCAGGGCCAGCACAGCGCUGGGGCAGGACGGAGCUGCUGGACAGCUUGGGCCCAGCCUGACCCUGCCCAGGGGCUGAGCGUGACUGGGAGGGGUGUGGAGAUGGGAAUAAACACUGACAAACACAGCCA